AUGGCCAGUCUUCCAUCGAAAUUUAACAACGAGAACAAUAUAAAUCGAUCUGAUCUAUCAACAAUGUAUAAUAUCGAUCAAAUACCUCUUGCUCGAUUACGACCAGAAAAAUUCGAUGAUGCGGCUAUUCAAAAACAGAUAUUACUAAUUCAAGAAAUUUGUGGAGAUAUUAAUCUUGAUAUAAUUGCUGUUGUCUUUCAUGAAUGUGAUUAUAAUAUGCAAAAUACAAUUGCACGAAUAAAAGCAGGUGACUUUGAGGAUGGUGGUUGGCAAACAGCUAAAUCAAAUAAUAAAAAGAAAAAUAAUAAUCUACCUGAUCAAAUAUUAAAUGGUAGUACACAAAGUGAUAGUGAACAUUCUCGUUCUCAACAUACAUCUCCUACGCCAUCACUUCGUGGAACUGGUAGACGACAAGAUCAUUAUCAUUAUUCAUCAUCAUCACGUACCAACUAUGGACGACGUAGAAAUGAUUCCGGUCGAAAUCAAUUUAUUCCAUCAAAUACACAUUAUUCAUCUCGUAAUUAUUCAAAUAAUAAUAAAUCAUUAUCAAAUCAACAAAAUUCGAAUGAAAUAAUUCCAUUAUCAAAAACAAAAGAAGAUAUAACAACGACAACAACAACAACACCACCACCACCAUCAUCAUCAACAACUGAUGAUGAUGUUUUUAUUCUUAAUACUACACAAACAUUAACAUAUAAUAAUAGUAUAAAAAAAUUAUCAUCUACAAAACGUCCAACACCAUCAUCGAUUCCUCAGGAACCUGUAUCAAUGCAUCCAAUAAUACAAUGUCCCACUGAACCAAUCGAUAUUCAAUUUGGUGAUAUUCAAUGGAAUGAUUCUGUACCUAUCGCAGUUUAUCCGUCCAAUAGUUCUAUAAUAACUGAAUCAUUAGAUGAUCAAAAAUCAUCAUCUAUAACAAAUAUAAAUGAUGAUGAACAACAAACAAAGUAA